GUACCUUGUUGCUGUUGUUGAACAUCAAAACGAGGAAUGGUCAACAAACUAGUAUCAUUUGAGCAGUCAAAUGGCGAAUCCUUUCAGAUAGAUAAGUUGUAGUUUCGCACGGAUCUCUGCACGUGUGACAACUUGAUUUUUAAAGAUGCCACCCAAAAAGAAAGCCGGUAAGAAGGGGGCCAAGGGCAAAACGCCCACCGUGGUCGAUGGCCUGUCCACAGAGGAAAUGUCCAAGGAACAGCUCGAGGAGCACAUUGUGCGCCUUCGAGAGGAGCUGGACAGGGAAAGAGAGGAGAGGAAUUACUUCCAACUGGAGAGAGACAAGAUCCACACCUUCUGGGAGAUCACCAAGAGAGAUCUGGAUGACAAGAAAGCCGAACUCAGGAACAGAGACCGGGAGAUGGAGGAGGCAGAAGAACGACACCAGGCAGAAAUCAAGGUCUACAAGCAGAAAGUCAAACACCUGCUGUACGAGCACCAGAACAGCGUGUCGGAGCUAAGGGCAGAGGGCGUGGUGGUCACCAAGGUGAUGCAGGAGGAAUACUCUGAGCUGGAGGGAGACCUGCAGAAGCAGAUGAAGGCCCUGAAGAUCAACCUGCGCGACCAGGAGCUGUCCAAGCAGAGCCUCAUCCAGAGCAUGAAACUGAAACAUGAAGAGGAGAUCACCGAUAUAAGGAACGAAUGUGAAAGGCUUGUCAAAGAAAUUGAGAUGAAGUAUGAGAAGAAGAUGACCAUCUUGCGUCAGGAGCAGGACCUCCGGCGUAAGACGGAGAACCACGCCCUGGAGGAGAACAAGAACGCUCAGAUCAGCAUCCUGAUGAAGAAUCAUGAGAAGGCCUUCAGCGACAUGAAGAACUACUACAACGACAUCACCAUCAACAAUCUGGCCCUCAUCAACUCACUCAAGGAACAAGUGGAAGAGAUGAAGAAAAAGGAGGAACGGCUGGAAAAGGAGAUGGCUGAGGUGCAACUGCAGAAAAAGCGUUUGACCGAACCCUUGCAAAAGGCAAAAGAAGACGUGGCUGAACUCCAGAAAAAGCUGGCCAACUACGAGAAGGACAAGGCUUCCUUAGCGGGUGCCAAGGCUCGCCUGAAGGUUGCAGACAAACACAUGAAGGACCUGAAGUGGGAGCAUGAGGUUCUCCUGCAGGGUUUUAAUAAGGUCCAGGUGGAGCGAGACGAGCUCUACCAGAAGUUCACCAAGGCCAUCCAGGAGGUGCAGCAGAAGAGCGGCUUCAGGAACCUGCUGCUGGAGAAGAAGCUGGGCGGCCUCAUCGAGACCCUGGAGAAGAAGGAGGCGCAGCUCAACGAGGUGCUGUCCGCCUCCGAUCUGGACCCCACGGCUGUCAGUGUGGCAACCCGCAAACUGGAGGAGACGCUGGACACAAAGAACAACACUAUUAAGGACUUACAGUACGAGCUUGCUCGGGCAUGCAAGGCCCACAAUGAUCUGCUGCGCACAUUCGAAGCCAAGCUGAUGAACUUUGGCAUCCCGGUGGCACAGCUGGGCUUCAGGCCUCUGGAGUGCAGCCUGGCUCGCCUCACACUGGGAGAGGGGCCCUCAGGACUGGUGUCAGCUAACAUCCAGAGGAAAGACAUGCCGCCCAGGGCAACGCUGCCACCCCUCAACUGACUUUAGUGGACUUUCCACUUUGCACUGUGAUACAUCUUGAGUUUCUUUUUUCCUUUUUUUUAAUUUUAGUUUGUGCAUUCAGCAAUCAAGGCUCGACUGUCUGUAUGUAGAAAGUCAAAUAUUUGAACCAUCAUGCAGUUUUUAAUAAUUAAUGAAUGUUUUGCAUUAUAAACAUCAUUAUGCAAUUUAA